UUGCACUGAUGACUUCGCCGUCCAUCGCAUUGCGUUCCGGCUUUGAUUGUCGAGUGUGAGAGAGCAGUCAGUGUCGGUCGAGUCUCCAGGGGUGAUAUAUACAGACAUGGUUUUUCACUCCCGAAGCGCCCACGUAUCAAACAAGAAAAUCGACCUCGAAAAGCUCGCUCCCUAUGCGAUCCAUUUGGCGAUGGUGAUAGCUGUGGCUGUAUAUGUCAUAGCUGGUGCAUUCACUAUCCGAGAGAUUGAAGCCAUUCCACAACGAAUCGCCGAGGGAAGUCGCUCCAGACGAGAAGCACAUGAGGUUCGGCAUAACGCAUUAAAUCGAACUCGAAAAUGUGUGUUAGCUGCUCUGCGACGGUUGGAAAAAGCAUCGAAUUGUUCGCAACAACUUGACAUUUCUCAUCUUGCCUGGCUGGAUGAAUGCUAUAAACACGAUUUACGCCGUUUAUCAGCGGAUUCCCGAGAGCAAAAGGGAGAAGAAAGGCAAGGAAAAAAAGGCAGUGGAAAUCUUACGGAUGAAAAUGAUGAUGUCUAUGAAUACUGGUCACUUAUGGAUUCAGUAUUGUUUUGUUUCACUGUGAUAACAACGAUUGGUUACGGUAAUGUCGCUCCGCGUUCAUUCAACGGGCGAUUGUUUGUUAUACUGUACGGCCUAGUGGGCGUGCCCUUCACGAUGCUCGCUAUAGCAAAUUUGGGGAAAUUUCUCGCUACUGUGCUGAAAACCUGGACGCGACCCUUUGUCCGAUGUGCCAAGCGAUUGAAGAGGAGGCUUUGCAAGCCGAAGUACACGGCGAAGGAAAAACAACGUCUAAUGGAGAGGGAAUCAAGAAAGCCGGCCAAAACGAAGACAGGAGAUGACGAUGCUUCUUCGGAUGCUGAGUCCGAACUCGACGAAGAGGAUGAUAACACGUCCGAUGGCAUAGUGCUAUUCAUAGCCUUUUUAAUGUACAUCAUUGCUGGCUCUGCGGUUAUAGCUGCAUAUGAGCCCGAGAUGGAUAUGUUUGAGGCCGUUUACUUCAAUUUUGUAACACUUACUACGAUAGGUUUGGGAGAUUUGGUACCGCAAAGCGACACUUAUUUGGUGAUCACACUCGUAUACUGUACCAUAGGGCUGGCGUUGACAACAAUAGCUAUCGAAAUCGCUGCUGAUACGCUGAAAAAACUGCAUUACUUUGGUCGAAAGGUCGAAAACGUUGCUAAUGUGCAAGUAUGGUUUGGAGGGAAAAAGAUCUCGAUGAAAGCCCUUGUAAAAAAUCUUGGCGAUCAAUUUAACGUACCUCUCGACGAACUAGAUAAUCUCAAUUUGGAACAAUUUGUCGAUAAUGCCAUCAAAGUCGAGCAAGGCGAACUGGCAACUCUGAGGGUUGAUCGUGGUUGGAUGAACUCAAACUACUGGCGAGCUAUCGAGUCAGGCACCAUGCACUACGUCGACGAUGACGAUCUGGUGACGUUACAGAGCAAUCGAAACUAUUAUUCCGAAUUUUAAUUCACGUAAUCGUUCAUGGACGUAGUUACGGACGAUCUGGCAAACUUCACAUAUGCGAAAUUAGAUGAUGACCACAUGAUCGCGAACACACG